CAGCAGCAUACAAAUAAACAUGGCGUCCUAUCUACUUGUUAUGUAAGACUAGCUUAUUGUAGAUAUAAAUUGUGGUGGACAGUAUUCUUCCAUUCAGAAAUCAAACACACACGAAUAUGGGGUUUCCUUGUUUGGCUGAUAUGUGUUUAUUCUAUGUUUUUAUGGACAUUACUUUGAACAAAGGACAAAGCUUGCGAAAACGGAUUAACAUACCCACUGGAGGCGUGAGGUUUUCUCACAACUGUUACCCCAACAAGGUCGUGAGUCAAAAAGAUUACGUUAACAUCGUCGGGUUUCUCAGCCGAGAUGGUCUUCUUAGUGACCUCUGGUCAGGUGUCCUUGACUUCUACAUUGAACCUGUUGCAGGAAGAAGCCAUAAGGUCUGUGGCGUGAGCUUUACAGCGUGCUCUAGCAGCCAGGCCAACGCUUGUCGGUGCACAUCAGUGACGUCAUUGAACAUGUAUUUCUCAGUGACCAUCAGGCUGACCUCAGAGAUGAACAACAGCAGGGUCGUGGCCUUCACCUCCGACGAGGUCAACUUCACGUCUGAGGCCGCCACCAUCAUAUUAGAGCCGGAUGUCUGGUCAAGUAUAACGUUCGACAACAAAACAGUCAAUGUCCGGAGUUGCAUGGUGGAUGUGUCCAGGAAGACCGUGACGGCCUUCACCUUCUGUGUGAUGUACGCAAUUAAGCCUCGGUUGACCUACAGAUACAGACGACAGGAGGUCGCGCAUGAUGACGGCAGUUCCUGCCUGCACGGAACCUUGGAACUGAUGAAUUCACUGGUCACCUUGACCUUUUCUUACCUUGACGAAUGUGGUCGCAGUAACUCUUUCGUCUGUUACUUGUACUCUGACGUCCUGAUCUACCUUCAACUAAACAACACAAUGGUGGACAUCUUUAACUGCUCUGCCAGUUGGCCCCAAGGCCAGAUCCUACUCAUCACAUUCUGUGCGUCACGAAUUAGGCAACCUAAGGUGGUUGUGACCUUCAACGGCGACACACUUGGGUCGUUUCAAACUGAAUGUGCCAAUGUGACAGUACACGUGUCUUCAUUUAGUAACACUUUAAACAUAGACUAUAGCGACAGUUCUCAGAACGCUGGAUCUUACGACUGUUACAUCUCGGGAGUCAAAGGUCAAGGUGACUUUUUGGAGACGAUGCCCUACGACUGGUCAGACUCUAAUGAAAUGAAACCACGCUCCGGAUUCCGAAUCGACACAUUCCUGAUUGCCCUAGUGAUGACCAUUUUCCUCAUUUUUGGGGCAGUUUCUUCCAUCUUUGUGUACGAAUAUUAUGUUUCUGUUUCAGAUAGGCGGAAAAGUAAAAGUCCUAAACAUCACGCACCAGCGCCAUACAAAAUCUCUUCCAAAGACAUUCUAGGUGAUGUCUACACAGGACCAAGCCGAAUUAAAAGUAUAUCAACAGGUACUGGUGAUAGCUCCAGUGUAGAUUCCGAAAGUUACGACUCGACAACCUCUUGACUAUUUAUAGCAAGCACCCAAAAGGAGGAGUAACUACAUUUUGAAAAGGAUAACAUCAUGUAACAAUGAACUAUUCUCUGAAAAUACCAGAGUUGUGAUUCUUUGAGAUCGACCAACACUGAAUGGUGGACAGUAAUAAAGUUCAAAAUUCGCUUUCGUGGACUCACUUGAGACCUGACAAAUUUGUCACAUACGAAGACGGUGGAUGCUAUGUUCUAAAAUAGAUUAAUGAUUUUUUAUUUUUUUUACAGUGUAAUUUUUUUGUCACAAUGAUUAAAUAUAAACUAUAACAAAAAAAAAUUGAAAUAAAAAAUAAUAAAU